UUAUGUGUAAAAUAAAUAAAAAAUAAAAAAAGACAAAAGUAGAAAGACGUGGCAAAAAGCAACUAAUUUCCACCAAUCCACAUCUACCUUCAUCAGAUCAAACCAAUUUAACACCCGCAGAUUCUGCCAUGUGGCCUCUCUCUCCUCUACAGCUCACUUCCUCUCUCUCUAAAACCAGAGCAGCUUGCUUCAAUGUCAUUUGCUGUGAUUCUCAUAAAGUCCAGUGUCCCAAAUCUUCUUCUUCUUCUUCUGUCUUUUUGAAUAUUUUUUCUUUCAAUUUCCGUUUAACCGGAGAAGACUAUGGGAGGCUGUACCUCCAAACCCUCCGACUCCGUCAAACCUAAUCCCUACGCACCCCGAGACGCGUUUCCCCAAAAUGACGAUUCUACCCCUGCCCAUCCCGGGAAAUCACCGGUUCGCACCUCAACCGCCGUAAAGGCGUCUCCUUUCUUCCCCUUCUACACUCCAAGCCCCGCCCGGCACCGCCGUAACAAGAGCCGCGACGGCGGAGGCAGUGGAAGAGGAGGAGGAGAGAGCAAGAGCGUUACCAGCACUCCGCUCCGUCAGCUCGCGCGUGCUUUCCACCCUCCUUCUCCGGCCAAACACAUACGGGAUGUUCUGCGGCGGAGGAAGGGGAAGAAGGAGGCUACUUUGCCGGCGGCGAGGCAUCAGCAGACGGAGGAGGAGGAGGAGAGAGAGGAAGUAGGGCUUGACAAGAGAUUUGGCUUCUCCAAGGAGUUUCAGAGUAGGAUGGAAUUAGGGGAAGAGAUUGGGAGAGGGCAUUUUGGGUACACUUGCUCUGCUAAGUUCAAGAAAGGAGAGCUCAAGGAUCAUGAGGUUGCUGUUAAAGUCAUCCCUAAAUCUAAGAUGACAACUGCAAUAUCUAUUGAGGAUGUGAGAAGAGAAGUAAAAAUCCUGCGGGCUUUAUCUGGACAUAACAAUCUGGUACGGUUCUAUGAUGCGUUCGAGGACAAUGCCAACGUCUACAUCGUUAUGGAGUUAUGCGGAGGUGGUGAACUCCUUGACAGAAUACUAGCGAGGGGAGGGAAAUACUCUGAAGAUGAUGCAAAAGCAGUGCUUAUACAGAUCCUUAACGUCGUAGCUUUCUGUCAUCUCCAAGGAGUUGUUCAUCGAGAUCUAAAACCAGAGAACUUCUUGUACACUUCCAAGGAGGAGAAUUCUCAGUUGAAAGUCAUAGAUUUUGGUUUAUCGGACUUUGUUAGACCAGACGAAAGACUAAAUGAUAUUGUGGGAAGUGCAUAUUAUGUAGCCCCUGAAGUUCUACACAGAUCUUAUACCACGGAAGCGGACGUUUGGAGCAUAGGAGUAAUAGCAUACAUUCUCCUAUGUGGAAGCCGUCCUUUUUGGGCAAGAACUGAAUCAGGAAUCUUCAGGGCAGUUCUUAAAGCUGAUCCGAGUUUCGAUGAACCUCCUUGGCCUUCAUUAUCCUUCGAGGCAAAAGAUUUUGUUAAGCGGCUAUUGUACAAAGACCCUCGAAAAAGAAUGACAGCCUCUCAAGCUUUGAUGCAUCCUUGGAUCGCGGGUCAUAAGAACAUGAAUAUCCCAUUUGAUAUUCUGAUCUUCAGGCAGAUCAAAGCCUACUUGAAAUCUUCGUCUUUGCGCAGAGCUGCUUUGAUGGCUCUGUCCAAGACAUUAACUACAGAUGAACUUCUUUAUCUGAAAGCGCAGUUUGCAAUCUUAGGACCCAACAAAAAUGGCCUCAUCACUUUGGAUAACAUCAGAUCGGCACUUGCUACAAACGCAACAGAGGCAAUGAAGGAAUCACGGAUACCAGACUUUCUUGCAUUGUUGAGUGGACUUCAAUACAAAGGGAUGGAUUUUGAAGAGUUUUGUGCAGCUUCCAUUAGUGUUCAUCAGCAUGAGUCUCUUGAUUGUUGGGAGCAGAGCGUUCGCCAUGCUUAUGAGCUCUUUGAGAUGAAUGGAAACAGAGUUAUCGUCAUUGAAGAACUCGCUUCCGAACUUGGUGUUGGAUCAUCGAUCCCGGUCCAUACCAUUCUACAUGACUGGAUAAGGCACACUGAUGGGAAACUGAGCUUCUUAGGUUUUGUCAAACUGUUGCACGGUGUAUCUACUCGACAACCUUUAGCGAGAACACGGUGAAGAAGAAGGUAAAUUCCGUGUUAUGACGGAUUCAAAGAGAGGAAAAAAACAUACAACAGCGAAUGGAUGUCAAGAAGGUUACUGAUUCUUGGAUAGGAAUUGUUUUCAAAGACCCAUCCCAAAUGUUUAUAGUGUUAAAAAGGAAUGCAAAUUCCCUACAAAGAGAGAGUAUCAAAAAAAUUUCGGACAGGCCUCGCAAGUUGUAAUAAGUUGAUGAUAUUCCAAAGUGAUUUUUUU